AUGACUUCUCUCUGUGCAAAUUAUUCCUUUGGCAAUUACAUUUCAUUACAUUCUAAAAACAAUAGUGUGCCUCCAAUCAAAAGGAAUUUUCAUUCCUCAUAUGGUAUCCGUUGCUCAAAUAUUCAACGAGGCAAAUUAUCUGACCCUAACUACGUUACGAUUUUCGAUACGACGCUUCGUGACGGAGAACAGGCCCCGGGUGCAUCCAUGACUGCUAAACAAAAAAUGGAAAUUGCAUGUCAGCUAGCUAAGCUUGGUGUUGAUGUUAUUGAGGUUGGUUUUCCAGCUGCCUCCCAGGCUGAGUUUGACCUUGUAAAGUUGGUAGCACAGAAAAUUGGUAAUAACAUAGAUGAAGAGGGAUAUGUACCGAUGAUCUGUGGUUUGGCGAGAUCUACUAAGGAAGAUAUCGAUAGAGCUUGGGAGGGUUUGAAGUAUGCAAAGACACCGAUGAUUCAUAUGUUUAUCGCGACAAGUGAUAUGCAUAUGAAGUAUAAAUUGAAUAUGGGUAGAGAAGAAGUUGUGGAGAGAGCAAGGAGCAUGGUGGCUUAUGCAACAAGUCCUGGGUUCGAGCAUGUUAGGUUUAGCUUGGAAGAUGCUACAAGAUCUGAUAAGGAGUUUGUUUACCAUAUUAUUGAAGAAGUUAUCAAAGCUGGAGCAACAUGCAUUUGUGUGGCUGAUACUGUUGGAUGCAAUUUACCAAAUGAAUUUGCACAACUAAUUGUUGACAUAAAAGCCAAUACCCUAGGAAUCCAAAAUGUGAUCCUUGCAGUACAUUGUCACAAUGAUCUUGGACUUGCUACUGCCAACACAUUAGCUGGAAUUUGUGCAGGAGUAAGACAAGUAGAUGUAACCAUCAAUGGUAUUGGUGAAAGAGCUGGAAAUGCUUCUCUAGAAGAGAUAGUAAUGACCAUAAAAUAUCGUGGAGAGGAAGUACUAGGUGGUGUCUAUACUGGGAUUAAUACAAAAUAUAUAUUCACAACAAGCAACAUGGUAGAGGAGUAUAGUGGGCUUAAGUUGCAGCCAAAUAAGGCCAUUGUUGGCGCUAAUGCUUUUUCUCAUGAAAGUGGAAUUCAUCAGGAUGGAAUGUUAAAGAACAGAGGAACAUAUGAAUUUAUAUCUGCUGAAGAUGUUGGAUUUAUUCGUGCUACUGAACACGGUAUUAAAUUGGGAAAACUCAG